CCGAUGUUUCAGGACCUUGUUUAGACUGAAGGGCUGUUUUUCUCCAAGGUAUGACUCCUGGCAGCGCCGUGGCGGGCGAAUCCCCAAACGGUCAGAAACUUAAUGGAGGCACUCAAACUGGCCAAGUCUCAUCAGGCAGCACAUCAACAGCUUCAAAUGGAGCUUCAAACGGAAGUAACGGAAGAGACGGGUACUCUCGCCCAUCUGGCUCUAGUUCUCAUGAUGCAAGUUAUGGUGGACAAGAUGGGUCCAAAUCAGAAAUAGUUCCUCCAGGUGUAGGAGCUGGAGGAGCAGGUGCUAAUGGAGGUUCAGGAUCUAAAGUCCCUGGCACAGACGGGGGCGUCCAUUCAGUGUCCAUUUCUGUUGUGUCAUCAGGUCAAGGGUCAUCAGGCCACAUAGCACCAGGUCAUGGGUCCACAGUGAUAUCCAGCCACACGUUUGGCCGACCUUCAGCAGGACAGAUAUCAGACGGUGUGGGCGUAGUUUCCUCUGAGGUCCAAUCACAGCCUGCAGGGUCGGAGGGAUUCGCUCCACAUACAGAUGGCUCACAGUAUGAAAAUGGGGAAACCGCUCAUGAUGGAUCUCAAAUAGAGUCUCCAGAAAUCCCUGAGAUAGAAUCUAACGGCAAUGGACACAAACAGCUUCUGAAUGGAGGAGAAACAGGAUUUACAGGCUUGGAUCAUUUCAUGGCAGGCACAUCUCAGAUACAAGGAACAGGACCAGAUUACCUGUCUGUUAACAAUGCGAAUGGUGAUUAUACUCAUUCAAUCAGCACGGCUGAUAAUGGAGCCCAAUCAAAAUCACCAGCUGAUACAACAGAUUCCUCAGUAGUCUUUGACACAAUGUCACAUCCGGGUCAUUCCUUCUUAGAUUAUUCAGAUGGUGGGGCAGAUAAUAAUGGUGCAGAUUUACCUGAUACAAAUGGAAAAGGAAACGGUCGGCACAAACCUGUGGUAGACAUACAGAAAGGUGACCCUCCAGGCGUUCAUCUCGACAUCAGCGGAACAGGCCAUCAGGACGCUGCAACAGAGAUGCAUCACACAGCUGUUGGCGCGCUUGAUCAAAGUGACCACACUCUCAGUCCUUACGCUGACACGACUGGAUUUGACGGUGUCACCGGUGCAAGCAUGCAGACAGAUAUGGCAGGUGCGGCAGGUGAUCUAGUGACUCAAACAGACAUGACAGGGCAUGGACACUUAGCUGUGACAGACGGUGUGCCGAAUUACACAGCAGAUUCUGUGCGUGCGACUGGGACUGGAUUUACAGAUGCCUCAGAGACACACAGUAGCAUGGUUCAGACAGACUUACCAGUCACAGGGGAUCCAUUCACAGGGGUUUCCUCACAGACAGAUGCCAUGGGCACAGGCCAACCUGGUGCUACGGAACAGACACAGCCAGCUGUAUCAGCAGGUGAACAGUACCACACAUCUGGUCAGGGUCCUGAAGGUGCAGAAAAUGUGGAACUGGAAGAUACCUGCUGAUUUCCACAUGACGCCGCGAGUGAGGUUUCUGCGCUACAGAUUUCAGUGCACAGACCACAACUCCUGGUAGAGGAACCCUGAACCCGACCGCUAGACUUUAGCUCUCCUUCGUGUGUGUGUCCGUUUGUUUUAUUUUUGACUAUUUAAACAUUCAGAGGAUACUGUAACUUAACUUUUUAUUGCGCCUGUUUAUAAAAGAGCCCUGUAUUUUAUUCAUUGGUACAACGAAAGAAAAAAAAUAAAUCAAAGGAGUCAAAUGAAAGAGAGAAAAAUCAGGAUUUAAAACGUAUUUGCGGUGUAAAUUUAACGGUUGUUUCCCCCAUAAAUGUCGCUACUGUAUUUUCUUGCCUAGAAGUUAAAGCAAUAUUCUUUACCAAUGUCACAGAUUGUAUAUUGCUGAAUGUAUGUCAUUUGAUGAUAAUCUUUACAUUAAAUUGAACAUCUAUUUUGAACAUCAAAUUCAAAUAUUUGUCAUUUUACC